AAAUAUUAAAGCCAAUACGUACGAGAUCCGGAAAUCAACCUUCCAAAGUCCAUCCACUCGAUUUGUGAGAAACGAUCGAACAACCUCAUGCUUUGUGCUCCAAGGUAAAUAUGUCAACAGAAAAACUACUGGUGAACGAGGAGUCGCCACGAACCUACCAGUCCAUUUACCCAGCGGAAGUGACGGUCACCACUGUACAGGAUGAAAUUCACACCACAGUGGUCCACCAGUCUGUCAUAGACCCUGACAAAGAAACACACGUUUAUAAGCGGCGGUGGUACGUUUUGCUUGUGUACUGCCUAGUGGCGUUUACACAGGGCGGAUAUUGGAACACAUGGGGCCCUAUCGCGGCUACAUCAGAGGAUGCGUUCGGUUGGUCUGACGCGGACAUCGCACUGCUGUCAAAUUGGGGUCCUAUAUCAUAUAUCUUAGCAGCUUUUGCCAUGUCAUGGGUUGUUGAUGUUAAAGGGCUUAGAUGGGCAUGCGUGGGUACAGCAGUCAUGAUAGCUGUUGGUGCUGGGGCGAGAUGUAUAACAGACCAACCUCCGUAUAUCAAAUGGACAGUUAACAUUGGUCAGUUUCUGAAUGGUCUUGCAGGCCCUGUGGCCAUGGGCGUUCCCCCUGUUUUGUCAGCAGUGUGGUUUCCUGUCAAAGAACGCACAACUGCCACGGCAAUUUCCACUAUACUUAAUAGUAUAGGUGUUGGGGUCUCGUUUGCCCUUGGACCAUAUAUGGUGCCAGAUAGAACUACGAAUGCAAACUCCACCACAAGCAAUAUAUCUGAAACGAAUACAACCGAUGAUGAUAGAAUUUCCCAAGAAAGACACGAUGUUAUGCUUUAUAUGUAUGUCGAAGCUGCCUGGGCCGUCUUUGUAUUGGUGCUGGUGUUGGUGUACUUCCCAGCAAAGCCCCCCAAACCUCCAACAUUGUCUGCCUCCGUGGAAAGAAUGGACUUCAUGACUGGUGCCAAAUGUCUAGUCAGAAAUUCAAAGUUCUGGGUGAUAUGUGCCACGUAUGGUAUAUCUCUAGGAGUCUUCAACUGCUGGCAAAGUGUUCUAGACGUUAUUUUAAAGCCUCACAAUAUACACGAGGACGAGGCAGGGUGGUUGGGGUUUUAUUCCAUUCUCGCAGGGUGUGUUGGAUCAGUAGUUUUGGCAAGAUUUGCAGAUGUUUUUUCGCGCCACAUGAAGAUGUUCCUGCUGUUUCUUUACAUCAGUGGUACUGCCUGUUUCAUCUGGUUUACACUUCUCAUCAAUGGAACCAUUCCAAACUCCACAUAUUCUCUGUACGCGGCCAUUAUCUUGGCCACGCUUCUGCUGAACGCCAGUGUUCCUCUGUACUUCGAGAUGGCGUGUGAGGUGACCUACCCGGUGUCUGAGGGGAUCACCAACUUCGUCCUAACUCUUGUCAACAAUGUAGGAGGACUAGUGUUUCUUCUUGUCAACAUGAUACCUCAUCUAGGGACAGCCUGGGAAAACUGGGCGUGUCUGGGGGCCAUUGCUUCUUGUAUCCCUGUCUUGUUUCUCAUCAAGGAAAAUUACAACCGACUAGAGGUGGAUGAAAUCAAACACAAGUGAAGAGAGCAUUGGUCAGGGGACAGAUACUGCAAUACACUGAGAUUAUUUAUAGCAUUUUGUGUGAAAAAAAGAUUUAAAGAUUAAUUCAUUUUGAAAUGUACAUUUCAAAGUCAUUUAUUGCUUCGUACAUCAAACUCAAUAUCAUAAAAAAAAAAAAUCGAUUGCCAUAAAGACUUCGUGUUUUUGUCAAGGUACAGAAUGCUUUGCAUCAAGUUUUGCUUCAUGCAAAGAUUAUCAAUGACAACUUUUUUUUUUUCAUUUACAGUCUGACUUUUAAAAAUAUAAGUGUGCUGUUUAUACGCCACCAUCUAACUCUUCUUAUACAAACCAUCUUAAUUAUGACAUAUUAGAAUUAAUGUGAAAAUCUUUACUUUAAAGGGUUUAGAUAGUAUUGAAUACUUAUUUUUCAUGAUAUCCAAUGUUGAUGAUCUAAAAUCUGAAUUACCAGAAUUUACUCUUUGUAAAAACACUUAAGCUUUUUAGUCAGAUACUUAAUACAGAGCGACACAUAUUGCAGAUAUUAUUUCAAAUCUACCUUUCAUCAACAAGGCUAUUUGGCCAGAUAGUAUAAACCGUAGAAUGCUAAAGGCUGCUAUAUGCAUGUCAUAGCCAAACCUUAGUGUGAUUUAUUUAACAGAUCAUUAAGAGAUUGUAAUUUUUCGUUGCAAUUUGUCCCCUAACUGUUAUUUUUGAUAAAUAUUAAUGAUUAUUAUUAAAAUUAUUCUUUUUGUAGGUUAUACGCCAAUGAUAAUUCAUUACAACAUUCUCCUGAUAAUCUAGAAACGACCGAACGUUAUUUAGAUAUUGAUCUUAUUCAAUUACAAACAUGGGCUGAAAAUGGCUUUUGAGAAAGAAAAAUGUAGACUAUCCCAAUCUUGACUUUCUACAGUGUCGAUUAGAAUUUGUAAAUCAACAUUCAACACAAACAUUUAGGCAUUAUUUUCUCUCAAGAUCUAAGUUGGUCACAUUAUAUUAACUCAUUACUUGUCAAUGCCAACAAAAUACUACUGUAACGUGUUUUGUACUGGGUUCUCAGGGAUAAUAUAAUAAUUUUCCUCUAACUCUACCUGAGUUAAUAAUGAUUGGUAUAAUGAUUUUUCUCUAAUUGAGUAAUACUUCAAUCACUUAUAUAAUCAAUGGAAAUAAUGUACGAGGUGGGCUUUCUUAUUUCACCGUGUGUCUGUACCUGGUUCCUGUUGAGAGUGAAGCACUUGUGUCUCAAUCUUCUUCAGAUUUACUACACAAAGCACUCCACCUCAAUUCCCUGGGUUUCUUGCCACUGGUUUCUGUUUUACCCUACCUCUGAUUUCUUCUUUCUAUUUUCUUCUUUCUUUCCGAGCUUCUCCGCUGCUGUUCACUUCCAACUCUUUUAGAUUUUGCAGUGCAGCAAUUUAUAUAUCCUUGGAGUAGUCCACUCCAAGGGAAGUCAGGUCGUUCCAUUAUUCCCACAUGAAUCAAGUUCAUUAGAACGUUUCUCUUUAUAGGAUAUUAUCAUUACACUACGAAUUAUGAAAAAAAUAUGAAUUUAAACUUAAUCGUAAAACAUUAGAUCGCUGAUGUACAUUUGUUCUAUAAGACCACUAAUAAACUCUGCCUCAGAAGUAUGGGGAGCAUGUAUCCAUUAAAUUAGAAACAUUUCAACUAAGUGCAGCAAGAAUAGCUGCAAGAUUGACUUUAUUAACAUCGAGAGAACCUCUUUAUUUGGAAACAUUUUGGGAACUACUUCUCAUUAGGUGAAAAACAACGCGAUUAAAAACAAUGUAUAUACUGGACCAGAAUCUGACUCCAAACCAUUUAAAAGACAUUUUUCCUGGUAAAACUACAGCACAAGAAAUACUAAAUUACAAAGUAGCUAAAUGUAAACUUCAAAUCUAUAUUUAAAAAAUCUUUUGUACCAACUGUUAUAAAUGAGUGGAAUUCCCUACCUGUUGCAGCAAACGAAGUGAACCUUUGGCGAUCUUUAUGAAUAAAAUUUUAAAAAACGAAAGAAAUCUUAUAUUCGCCUCCUCUUUACUUCGCUAUGUGGCAACUGCCAUUUAAGCAUUCUUCUAACAAGGCUUAGGCACACUUGUAUAUCAAACAACCGUCAUUUAAACAUUCUUCGAACAAGGCUUAGGCACAAUUGUAUAUCAAAGAAAGAUUAUUCCGUUGUAACAUCAUUAAUAUUCCUUUAUGUACUUGUAGAAAAGUUGAAGAUAAAUAUUACCUUUUUACAUGACCUAAGUAUAAAGAAAAGAACAAUUCUUUUCAAUGGCACAUUUAGAAUUAGCAACCUGCACAUAGUCAACGCUCAUAUUCUUCUUUGGGGCGACAAUUCUCUUAGUAAUACUGGAACCGAAUAUUUGUUUAGUUUUCAGGUUAAUUAGUGUGUGUUGUAUAUGUUGUCACUUUGUUUAUCUGUAAGCGGUGAACUUCCGAUAGGUUAUAUUAUGUAUUCGUUUACAAUGACUGUUUUACCAUGCAUAUCAAAAUACAUUAUUAAAUUGC